GCCCCCGCUCGACGCCACCGGGCGGCCCCCAGGCCCCGGCAGACCUGCAGCCCGGCCGCUCGCGGAGUCUUUGAAAGGCAGCGGGAGGCGGCGGCGCGAUGGCGAGCCUUGGCCGCCUGCUCUGCGUGCUGGGCCUGUUCCUGUGCGGGGCGGCGAGCUUCAGGCUGUCGGCUCCUCGCGCCGGCACCUCGGAGAAGCCCAUCAUCGGAAUAUUAAUGCAAAAAUGCCGUGAUAAGGACAUGAAAAAGCUGGGGAAAUAUUAUAUUGCUGCAUCCUAUGUAAAGUAUCUGGAGUCUGCAGGUGCAAGAGUUGUACCAAUAAGGCUUGAUCUUACAUCUAAAGAAUAUGAAAAGCUUUUCCAUUCAAUUAAUGGCAUCCUUUUUCCUGGAGGAGGUGCUGACCUCAAGAAGUCAGGUUAUGCUAAAGUGGCCAAAAUAUUUUACGACUUUUCCAUACAGAGUUUUAAUGCUGGAGACUACUUUCCUGUGUGGGGCACAUGCCUUGGAUUUGAAGAGCUUUCAUAUCUGGUUAGUAACAAGUCCUUAUUAACUUCCACAAAUACUGAUGGAUGUGCACUGCCGCUGAACUUCACUAAUGGUACAUUGCAAAGCAGAAUGUUCCGGAAUUUUCCUUCUGACCUAUUGCUGUCAUUAUCAGUAGAACCUUUGACUGCAAAUUUCCACAAGUGGAGCCUGUCCAUGAAGAAUUUUACAACGAAUGAAAAGUUAAAGAAGUUUUUCAACGUGUUAUCUACAAAUACAGAUGGCAAGACUGAGUUUAUUUCAACAAUGGAAGGAUACAAGUAUCCAGUGUAUGGUGUCCAGUGGCAUCCAGAGAAGGGACCUUAUGAGUGGAAGAUAGAGAAAGGCAUUUCUCACUCGCCUAAUGCUGUGAAAGCUGCAUUUUACUUAGCAGAGUUCUUUGCUGCUGAAGCUCGGAAAAACAACCAUCAUUUUGAAUCUGAUGUUGAAGAGGAUAAAGCGCUGAUUUAUCAGUUCCGUCCAGUUUAUACUGGAAAUAUUUCUAUGUUUCAGCAAGCUUAUAUAUUUGACUGAAAGCCUUCAAUGUAUUACCAGAGGAAUUUUGAAUAAUUCCGUGAUUAAACUGUUCUAAUAACUUGCCUCUCAUGGCGAUAACAGAAAGCCGCAGAGAUUCCUUUUCUGUGAUGUUACUGGCUCUGAUCUUCAUUCGUUACAUUUGACUAUAUAACAUUUGGUAAUUAACCAAUGAGACAGGUAAAUAAUCAUAGUGUGUUUUGUGGAAAAGCUUUGUUUAUUCUGAAGAUUAGAACAAAAUAAACUUACUGAAAAUACAAA